AUGAGCCUAACAAUUAUAAGAUCAUAUAUGGAAAUUCACUACAAGGUUCUAUUGAAAACUUAUAGUGUAAAAUACAAUAUAUUAAAGAAAAUAUGGUAUAAACUUUAUAAUUUUAUAAAAGAUAUAAUAAAUAAAGUUAAUGCGAAUAGUUACAUAUUAUUAGCUAACAUUGAGUAUUUAAAAAAUAAAAACAUGUUUAUUGAUCUUAUAUAUGCUUUAAUAUACAACAGGAAGGAAAUUUUUAAUAUCAUUAAAGUUAUAAUUAAAAAUUUUAUCAAUUUUUUAUCGCAAUUAAUAACAUACUAUUACAUAUAUUUUUUAAAAAUUUUAUUAUCACUUAUGGUAGAAUAUGUUAGAAAAAAUGAUAGACUUUGUUACUUAACUACAAAAGAAAUAUUAAAAUUUAUCAGAACAUAUAUUAGAAGUUUAUUAUAUUUAGGGAAAAUAAUUUUCAUAAUAUUGUUGGUAUUAUGUUGUUCACAUUAUUUAUAA